AGGGCCAGCCACCUUUGCACCCUUCCCCCACUACCCAGCCCUGCCCUCUCCUCCUUUCCCCGCCUUGUGCCGGGUGGAGUCACUGGCAAGGCGGCAAGGUUUCACAGCCUGCCUUCUGUGCAGGGUACGUACGGGAGGAGGCCCGGAGGGGCCCGGGCAGGGCCAUGAAGACGCUCCUGACCAUCCUAGCUGUCGGAUCCCUGGCCGCUCACAUGGCUGAGGACUCCCCUGGGCUUCUUCAGCACGUGAAAUUCCAGUCCAGCAACUUUGAAAACAUCCUCACUUGGGACAGCAAGCCGGAGAGCAUCCCAGGCACAGUCUACAGCGUGGACUACAAGACGUACGGAAAGCCAGAAUGGCUGGCAAAGGCGGGCUGCCAACGGAUCACCCGGAAGUCCUGCAACCUGACCGUGGAGACGGGCAACUUCACUGAGUUCUACUACGCCAGGGUCACGGCCAUCAGCUCAGAAGGCUGGUCGGCCACCAAGAUGACUGAGCGGUUCCACCCACAGCAACACACUACCAUCAAGCCACCAGAUGUGACUUGUGUCCCCAAAGUGAGAUCCAUUCAGAUGAUUGUCCACCCCACCCUCACGCCCAUGUACAAUGCAGAUGGCCACCAGCUCACCCUGGAGGAGGUCUUCCAGGACCUGUUCUACCACUUGGAGCUCCACGUCAACCACACCUACCAAAUGCACCUUGAAGGGAAGCAGCGAGAGUAUGAGUUCUCGGACCUGACCCCUGACACGGAAUUUCUGGGGAGCAUCGUGAUUUCCGUUCCCACCAGGUUGAAAGAGAGCGCCCCUUACGUGUGCCGAGUGAAGACGCUGCCGGAUCGGACGUGGACCUACUCCUUCUCAGGCGCCAUCCUCUUCUUCGCGGGCUUCCUUGUUGCUGCGCUUUGCUACCUGAGCUACAGAUACAUCACCAAGCCCCCUGUGCCCCCCAAUUCCCUGAAUGUCCAGAGGGCGCUGACUUUCCAGCCGCUGCGCUUCAUCCAGGAGCACGUGCUCAUUGCUGCCGUGGACCUCAGCAGCCCCAGCGGUCGGGCCCAGCCCAUGCAGUACACCCAGGUCAUGGUCUCCAGGCCCAGAGAGCCCCCGGUGGCCACACCGCUGCACGGCCUGCCUGAAGUGGCCUACCUGGGGCACUCAGAUGUCUCCAUCCUCCGGGCUGCCAGCGUACCACCUCACCGGAAGCCCUCCCCGCCGUCCUACUCCCCGAAGGCAGCCCCUGAGGUUAGGCCCCCGUCCUACAAUCCGCAGGUUGCCCCGGACGAUGCCCAAGCCCUGCUCUACACUCCACAGGCCUUCUCCACAGCCCCGCCUCCCUCCUACACCUCCCAGGCCACUGGGGAUGGAGGGCCUGCUUCCUAUGGGGUGUGCCUGGAAGGCUGUGGCAGCAGCACCCCCCCGGGGGCGCCCUCCAGUCCCAAGCUUCUCAGGCACAAAGGUCGGCUGCAAAAGGAGGCACCGAUGGGAAGCUGCAUCCCGGAGGACUUCUCUCUGCAAGGAGUGACCUCUGUGACCAUGGAGGGACUCCGGGAAGCGGAAGCGGAACUGUUCCACUCUCCCCUGGGCGUCUAUGCAGACAGAGAGCUGGACCUGCACGUGCUACACAGUGGGGAGCCAGAGACCCCACCGUACCUACAGGGCCCGCUCUCCCUCCUCUCCUCUGUGCAGAUUGAAGGCCACCCUGUGUCCCUCCCUUUGCACCCUCCUUCUCUCUCCCACUCCACCUCCAACCAGGGGCCACCUCCCUGGGGCCUGCUGGACUCCCUUGUGUGUCCCAAGGACGAGGUUCCAGUAUCUGAGGCUGAGGCCCUGAGCUCAGGCCCCAGGGCCUUGGAACCAGAGUCGCCCACGGAGCUGGACUCUCUUUUCCAAGGCCUGGCCCUCACCGUGCAGUGGGAGUCCUGAGAGGAGCAGGGCUGACCUGAGCUUCCUUUGGUCCCCACCGUCAUCUCUGCCUUGGCUGUCAGGCUCACGCCCAGCCAGGCCACACACUCUGCAGCCCAGCUGAUGUGGAAAACUUGGGAAGGAACCCGAGGAAGGAGGACUUGGGGCCCGCUGUGGCUGAAAAAUGUGAUGGGGACUCCAGCUGGAAGAGCCCGGGGCAGAAGAGCGACGCGUGCACAUGACAGGAGCUCUCAGAACCUGGCAGGCAGGACAGUCAGGGCACAGGGAGGUAAGGCAGGCAACCCCUGGAGACCCAGGGCUCUAGCUCUGAGCAUGCUGGGCUCCGGGUUGGCAGGGAGCCUGACCCCAUUCCUGGCCCGUUUCAUAAUCUAGCUCAGCAGAGAGUGUGGCAUCUGCCCAAGGUGGGAGAAGGAGCCUGUAGUGGCAGGCUGGGCAGAACCAGAACAACCUGCUCUACUGCCAAGGCCGGAAGCGGCACAGUGGCGAGACUGCUGGGAGGGGUAAGGCUGGGGCUUGGUCCACACUGAGGCCCACACCUGAAGAGGUACCAUCCAGCUUCAGCCUCCAGGGAAUGCAGUCCGGGGAGGCAGCCAUACACGCCUUCCUUCAAGAAGGAGUUUCCAGAUUUAUCCUGAGAACCGGAUUUGAAAGGCACACAGAGCCUGGCAUAGUGGUGCAUGCCUGUAAU